AUGCGUCGCGCAAAGUUGAACGCGAAAGCUAUUGAAAUGUUGGCCACAUUAAGUGACGAUUCGGAUUUAGAUUAUGGAAGUGACGACUCAGAUGUUGACCGUACUUGGCAUCCCCAGAAAGUUCAAAUAAUUGGCGCAUCUGAUUUUUCGGAUUCGGGCGAAGAAGACAUUGUAACCGAAAACAAUCCAUUACCAAAUGCGACUAUUCUGAAUACUGGUUGGACUCAAAAAUCAUUUAUUGGAAAACCGUUACCAGGUAAUAAUUUUGGGCCUUAUUUACCGAUUAACAUCAGAACUCCAUUUGAUUAUGUCAAAACAUAUCUUCCUGAUAAACAUUUUGAGGAAGCAGCAUUGUAUACAAAUAUGUAUGUAAUGAGCAAAACGGGAAAAGAACUGAAAACUACUGCAAAUGAAAUACAAAGUGUGUACGGUGUCCAUGCUAUGAUGAGUGUGUUUAAGUACCCUCGAUUAAAAAUGUAUUGGGAUAGUAGAGGCAUGGGUUUUGGUCCUAUUUCACAAGUUAUUACGAGGGACAGAUUUUUGAAAUUGCGCUCUAGUUUGCACUAUGUCGAUAUUAAUAAUCGUCCAGCUGGUAAUAUUAACCGAUUUUGGAAAGUUCAACCAAUAAUUGAUCAAGUUCGUAAUGCGUGUAGAAAUAUUCCCCGUUUAGUUGACUGUUACUCGGUGGAUGAGCAAAUGAUUCCGUUUACUGGUCGAUGUCCAAGCAGACAAUAUGUUAAAAACAAACCACGACCCACUGGCUUAAAAAAUUUCGUAAUUACUACGUCAAAAGGGAAAGUAAUUGAUUUCGAAAUUUAUCAAGGUGUCGAUACGCCAUUCCGAGACAAAUCGUUGGGGCUAGGACCGGCAGUCGUACUUCAUUUGUCUCAAAGUAUUCCGCAGGGAUCAGUUCUAUUUUUCGACCGGUACUUUACAACAGUAUCAUUAUUGGAUCGGUUGUUUAGUGAGGGACUAAUUGCUACAGGCACAAUAAUGUCAAAUAGAUUAAGGAACGUGCAUUUUAGUCAAGACAAAAAAUUCCAAAGAGGUGUUUGGGAGGAGUUCACAAGGUGUGACAAUCAAAUAUCUGCGACCAAGUGGAAGGAUAGUAAAUGUGUGACUUUAAUUUCUAAUGCUACAGGAGCAGAACCUCAUAGUGUAGUAAAAAGAUGGAGUAAAACGGAAAAUAAGGAAAUCGAAGUACCCUGUCCAGAUGUUGUAAAGUCAUAUAACCAGUACAUGGGUGGCGUAGAUAUAUGURACCAACAAAUGGAAUGCUACCGUACGUGGAUCAAAUCAAGAAAAUGGACAUUAAAAGUUGCACUACAUUUCAUUGACUUAAGCAUCGUAAACGCCUGGAUGGAAUAUAGAGAAGACGCGCAAAAGUUACUAAAACGUAAAAAUGAAAUUAUGGACCUUAUGAAUUUUAAAAUCGCUGUUGCUAGAGAAUGGUUAACUAAAUCGCCAAAUAAACGUGCACUAUCAUCUGAAGAAUCAAAUUCGUCUGACACCGAGGAAAAUCAGAUGACAACACAGAGACCACAAAACUAUAGGACACCAGUCCCACCAACAACCAAAGUGAAGGAUGGAUUUGAGCAUUGGCCAGAAGUGUGUAACAUACCAAAUCCAAAAUGCUGUAGGAUGAAGGGAUAUUAA